GGAGGUGGCGGUGGCGGCGUCCGCGCGCGCGCUUUUACUGUAUCAUCGUCUCCAGCUUCGACGAGCUCUCGCCGAGUCGCGAACCCGCGCGAUUCGCCGGCUACGUGAGCAGCGCAGCGCCCGGACGGAACACACCCCUCGCUGACGCGCCCGGAGCGCCGAGCUCGGGCGGCCGGCCGACGACGCCCGUGAAUUCCGGCGCAGAGCACGCGACGACGCUCGCCACUCGCCGCUCGCCGGCCGAUGUGCUUCUUAACGAAUGUUUACUCACGAGCGAAUGAAAUUUCCGUCGAGUGGGCCGCGCGACGCGCCGGCCGAUAUUAUGGCGCAAUUGCUUUAUCGCGGCUAUCAUUCCGGAUGCACACAACUGCUGCAUAAAUUUCGACGAGAAUGCUUCGUUAUUCGCCGUGUACGACGGCCACGGAGGACACGAGGUGGCGACAUACUGCGCGCGUAAUCUACCAGAAUUUAUCAAGCAGACUGAAGCCUACAAACGAGGUGACAUUGCGCAAGCUUUAAUCGAUGCCUUCUUGGGUUUCGACGCCACCCUCACGAAACCAGAAGUGGUGAAUAUGCUCAAAGAACUCGCAGGAACUGGGUCAGAGAAAAAUGAGGGUGACUCGAACGAAUCUGAUGAGGAAGAGAAUGUUAGUAAUCUGUGUAUGGAAGCGACGAUGCCGUUGGAGCAAGUAAUGGCAAAGUAUCACCAGUCAGAGCUAUCGAAUUCUCACGUGAAAAGUCUCAAGGGUGAGAAAUGCGGUAAACGCACGUGUAUCGCGAGUCCUUACCUGCGUGGGCGAAGAGGGCGCGAGAAAGCAGGCUGCUCAUCAUCCGGUGCGGGCUGUUCGUCUUCACCGUCGUCCCUGUUACCUCCACCGCCACCGCCGCCGUCGUCGCUAUCGCAGUCAUCAUCGUCGUCCGCGGCGAACGUGGUUACUACUCCGUGGAACACCAAUGAGACCGAUGUGAGUAGUUCCAGUCAGCCGUGUGGCUCGAGUUUGUCCAGCACGGUGGAGCGGAAGGAGACCGCCGACUGCCCGGCGAGCAACGAAGCCGAGCAAGUGCUGGACUCGACGACGAGCAACGGCAACUCCCAUGCGUCCGCACCAGUGGGUUCUACCGCGGACGUGGAACCCGCCAAGUCUAUGGAUAUGCCCGACAGCUCGGAGGACGUGAAAGAGGAGGUGUCGAGUCUUAGCAAGGCGCCAUGCGCAGCAGAGCCUAAGGCGAACGACGCGGACGUGAACGGCGAGGAGAACAAGAGGAUCGGCGACGCAGACAGUAGUAAAGGCGGCGGCGACAAUGUGUCGAGCAGUUCCUGCACUCCCGUGGAGAACGGAGAUGCCGGCCAGCAGGAGCGGAUAACCAGCAGCGGACGGAGAAGAAUCCAGCCCAUGGAUCUCUACCAGAGUCUACUGAAGAAAGACAACGAUGAUUCCGAGGAAGACGACGACGACGAUGAGAACGACGAGACGUUUGACGGUGUGCCUGAAAGCGACGACACUGAGGAUGUCGACGAGGAGGAUGAGAGCGAUGAUGAUGACGACGACGAGAUCGAGGGAGAGGACAUGGAUGAGGACUCCGAAGACGAGGCCGACCAUUUCAUAGUGAACACAGAGAAGCCCGGUGCUGACAGCGGCUGCACGGCGGUGGUAGCGAUACUCAAAGGGAAUGAACUGUACGUCGCCAACGCUGGGGACUCCCGCUGCGUUUUAUGCAGGGACGGUCAGGCUGUUGAACUCAGUCUGGACCAUAAACCCGAAGACGAGCCGGAAAUGGAGCGUAUAGUAAGGGCAGGCGGGGAGGUAACGACCGACGGCAGAGUGAACGGCGGCCUCAAUCUCUCCAGAGCUCUCGGCGACCAUGCGUACAAGCAGAACAUAGUGCUACCGCCCCAGGAACAGAUGAUUUCCGCUCUGCCGGACGUGAGGCACGUGACGAUCGAGCCCGAGAGGGACGAGUUUAUGGUGCUCGCAUGCGACGGCAUCUGGAACUUCAUGUCCAGUCAAAACGUCGUGCAAUUCGUACGCUCUCGUCUGUCGCAGAAUUACGAGAACCUUUCCAAGAUCUGCGAAGAGCUGUUUGACCAUUGCCUCGCACCGGACACGCUCGGCGACGGGACGGGCUGCGACAACAUGACCGCCGUGAUAGUUAAAUUCAAAUUGCCAGCGUCCGAGAGCGCCAAGAACGAGACAGUCGCCGGAGUAUGCGUCGCGAGGAAGCGAUCGAUCUCGCCGAGCCUCCCCGCCGGGGAGAACGACGAGUGUGCCGCGGAGGAGAGCGUGCUGAAUCCCUGCAAGCGUCCCAAGACCGAAGCAGCUAUGUGAAGCAAGAGUCACGCGUGAGUUGAUUUGAGCCGGACGACUAAAGCGGAUGGAUGAAUGUGAGUUUAUGUAAAAUCACUCGCAACCGUGUUACUCGGCGCGAAUCUUGAACGGACACACGACGGCGCUUACACAGUAAUGGGUGUGUGUGGAAUAAUGCUAAUGUAAGGUUGUUAGUGCUGACCGUUGAUGGCAGACUGAUCGAUUGGAGCACGUGGGGAUGAUAUGAGGCCCACUUCCUCGCAACGGACGCGUUACACCACUUUUUUUUUAUUAUAACUACUAAACGACAUAUUGUGAAUGUGUGUGAGAGAGAGACACGUUGCAUGUACAGAGAGUUUCGUUUCUUUCCUCUCCAAGUCCACGCGCGUAUCUCCACUAUCGCGCCGACACGAUGUGCGAGAAGAAGAUUUUAAUUGUUCUCUAGAGAAACGUUCAACGUUCACGGUCUAAUACACUUAUUGUGCGCAAACGUAAAAUCACAGCAACAAUACUCCCGAUCCCGAUGAGAGCGGAUUGCAAACUGGAUAUUAUUUGAUGUUGUCCGUUGUUUUAUUUUGUACUCUCCAUCACUUCGGAAGCAUUUACGCGCGUACACUUACCGAGGAUCCACAUGCGAUAAAUAAUACGUAUUGUUUAAUAUAAAUGUGUACAUUUUUUCUUCUAGGACUUGAUGCGUUGUUGUAAAACCGUAGUUUCUACCUUCACUUUUACUUUCGUGCAUCAUACAUUCAUCCAUCGAUUGAAACGAAUUUUAUACCAAUGACUCAAUGAUACCGAUGAACUUACGCAAGCAAUAAUAUUAAUAGACGUUUACACCAUUUGCCUUUUUCCUCAUCUGAAUUUGAUUUUCAUUACCGAUUGCCGAUUGCGACCGACUCGUGUCCUUUGCUGCUGUUCUUUCGAUUUUGUAAAUUUAUCAUAUAUUACGAAUUUUCAGAACGAUAUUUUCAUAUUACGAAAUAUUACACCUAUAAAUUGCGACGACUAAACGGGGAUAAAACUCAAAUAAUGACAGAACAAGGAUAAUAUGAUUUUUAUUUCAAUGGAACCGUUUCUCCCUGUGAAUAAAUGUCUCCUGUAAUUCAUAACCAUUUCAACGCAGUAACUGCAGUUAUGCUCGUAUCGUUGUGUCAUUCGUUCCAUAAGCAUAAUUAUCUGCGUGACAAAGUCAUUAUACGCUGAUCGGUUGAAUUUCAAUUCAAUAAUAAUCAGAUCAACUACACACUUUUCAUGUAUCAUCCCAUUUGCUCCAGCUACUACACUUACAAAGAGUAUAUUCCUUGAGUUUUUAGAUUACAUACAUAGUAUAUAAAUGUACAUAUAUUUAUAAAUGUAGACUAUAGGAUUUAUAUUUGUAACUCAAUACAACAUUAUCUCUUAUUUUUACGAAAUAGAAUUUAUUUUUGAAUCCCUGGGUAUAUAGUGGUCGAGUGGAUGGGUGUGCGACUAGUUUUAAGAUGUUCAAAACUAUAUUGUGUAAUAAGAAGGCAACUGUGCGUACAUGACGCGUUACCAAUUUGUGAUGUUAUAUUACUGACGACGGUGAAACAAACAAACAAGCAAGGAAGGAAGGAAGGAAGGAAGGGAGAAACGCGAGGAAGGAUACGCACCCUCAAGUGUCAAGCUACAUCGAACGCUACCUAUUUCGGAACGAUCUUGUUCGGAACGAAUUUGUUCGGAAAUUUGCGUAUAUGUCGGACAUAUGUUUUUGUAAAUUUAUACAUACUUGUAUAGACACACAUACAUGAUACACACCACACAUUCGUUUUCUCUCUUUCUCUCUCUCUCUCUCUCUCUCUAUAUAUAUAUAUAUAUAUAUCUAUCUCUAUCUUUUCAUAGCUCUUUGGUGAAACGGCAAAGGUACUUCGUACUGCGCGAAGAAAUUUUCGCAUAAACUCAAGAUAUUAUCAUGAUACUUAUGGUACUUGGAUAUAAGCGGAAUACUUGCGAUAUUGUAAAGAGUCGCGGAAUUCGCGGUACGAUUUCAAACGAACGCGAAAUACGCGUCGCGACGUUACGAGAGGAAUGUAAGAUGUACAGGUAGAGCGAACGAGCGUAAAGUGUUGGCAGAGCAUAUUGUACCUGGAAGUAAGCACCGUUUACGCGGCUGGUGGAGAAAGAACGAGAUUUGUUAAGCGCGGCCUCUCCUUGCGGUAAUUGAAUAAAAGAUGUACUCGCUCUCGGAGACUCGCUUGCUUGUCCCUCUGUGUGGCACAAUAUGCUCCUUUGUACCCGCCCAACAUAAAUAGGAGCAAACUGGGAAAGCGCGUGUUGAGAAUCAAGAAGAUCUCUGUGAAACUUUGACUGAAUUCAUCGAGCGAUCGACGUCGCUAGGAAGGCGCGACUGACGCGCUGCUCCGCAAAUACUCGCCUCGUGGCUCGAAAGCGCAGUUUUUCGAAACGUAAAUACGCGACGAACAAAGAGGCACAGACGGGGAAACUGCGUUUUCCAGGCAUCUUGCAUAUCCGGAUUAUCAUCGAGAAGCUACGAACGAGAGAUCGAUUCGGAAAACUGAAGGACGGCAAACCGCGACCCAGUUUGAUCCGCCGUGACAUCUUUGUGAUAUCUGAGACUUUCCGCAAUGUAAUGUUGUAGCUCGUCGAUGCUCGCGUGUAGUCGCUCGCAGCUGUUGUUAGGCAGUAACUUUGACAGUAAGAAACGACCUCUCUAGUUGAACUACGCAUACGCGCAAUCACGACACUUGUAUGUAAAUACCGUUCUCGCAAGGUGAUCAGUAGCGUUUAUCGAUACUAGCGUGGUGUAUCUAGUAUCACUCGGAAUGAACUGAUGUGCCUUUCCAAUUCAGGGGUUGACAACCUCCGCAACACGUGUAUGUACAUUCGACUCCGUCUCAAGAAGAAAGGUUUGCGCCCAAAACACUGUCUCUAGCUGCAAACUCUCCGUCAUACACUUAUGUAUUAUAAUAUAAUAUCUUGUUUCAUAAUAAUACAUGUCGCUCUCGAAUCACA